CUCGGUGCAGGAUCUGAUCCGGAUUGCGGGAUGUUAUUUAUGGAAGGGUGAAUGGAUCUUUGUUAGUAUUUAACGUGGACACUUGUCUCGGGCGCUGCUGUGUGACCAGGCUACAAUCAAACCUCUAACAGCGUCUCGUGGCCCAGUAAAAUAAUAAUGAUGACAUCGACAAUGAACACAGGAGGACAGGAAGCCUUUUGUUUUUAAAUUUCAAGCAGCUGACAUGUGAAACCUCCUGUCGCCUGAAAAGCCGAGCAGCUGGCACGGAGCGCAGAUGAUGAUGAUGAUGAUGAGGCUGUGGAGAUGAGUGGUAUUAAUAGGAGGGCUUGAGUGUCUCAGGCUGUCACUGUCGAGACCGGGGGGCUUGGUGGAGAAUCGGUGGACCGGGUUGGGGGGGCUUUCUGAUCCACACUGCGCAGUCGGACUAAACAAACGCAAGGACUGAACAUGGAAGUGCUGGCAGCUCUUAAUUUGGGCGAUUUUGCCCAAAUUUUCUCCAAAAUGGGAAUGUUUCCUGUGUUUGAUGUCGCUUAUUACAUCGUGUCCAUCCUCUACCUCAAGUAUGAGCCAGGCUCGGUGGAGGUUUCUCGCAGGAGUCCCGUGGCCUCCUGGCUCUGCGCCAUGCUCUACUGCUUUAGUAGUUACAUCCUGGCGGACAUCAUGCUUGGAAGCAGCCCCGUCGACUAUUUCCAACACAACAGCCACAUCCUGCUGGCUUCAGCUGUCUGGUAUCUCGUCUUUUACUGUCCACUGAACCUCUUCUAUAAAUGUGUGGCUUUCCUGCCCGUCAAGCUGGUGUUGGUCGCCAUGAAGGAAGUCGUCCGCACUCGUAAGAUCGCCGCCGGUGUUCACCAUGCCCACCAUGCCUACCACCACGGCUUCUUCAUCAUGGUCAUCGUUGGAUACGUCAAAGGCUCUGGAGUGGCUCUCAUUUCCAAUUUUGAGCAGCUGCUGCGUGGUGUGUGGAGGCCCGACAGCAACGAGAUCCUCAACAUGUCAUUCCCGACCAAAGCCAGUCUCUACGGAGCCAUCCUCUUCACCCUGCAGGAGAGUCACUGGCUGCCAGUGUCCAAGAGCACCCUCAUCCUCGUCUUCACCCUCUUCAUGGCCACAAGCAAGGUGGUGAUGACUGCCCGACACUCUCACGGCUCCCCCUUCGCCCUCAUCGAGUCCUGGGUUUGCCACCUGCUGUUCGGCUCCCCUCUGGGUGGAUCUGAGGAAGACCACCAUCACCCUUCCGCUGCUGCCCCGUCUUCACCUCUCAAAACCAAGGAGGAGCUGAGCGAAGGCGCUCGCAAGAGGAAGGUCAAGAAAGCCGAGUAGGAUGCCAGAGAAGCUGCAUCUGACUCGCCCCCAUCGUGGCCUCCACAUGGUGGGACUUCCCAUUCCUUUCCAGGGAAAGGGGCAGUUUGAUGUUUUACCAAAUGAGACCCUUUCUGUUAGAGCAAUAUGGUGCUUUCUGCUUUUUACACAGCACGAGGACUCUGUAAAUACCACGGCAAAUGUUUCAACCCAACCUGGACAUUUUAAACCUAUUUAUUUGUGUGUUUGUGAGCAUCUGCAUCUGUGCUCAACACUGUGUGGUGAUCCACGUGUAGGAGCUGCAUGGGCCUCUGUUCCACAUCAGUAGUUGCGUGACCGGGUGUCAGUGGUUUUCUCAAAGUCCACCAAACCUUAUUUCAGUUCAGAAAGAAAUAGAAAACACAAAUUCAUCAGACUCUCAAUCAGAAAUUUAAAUGUGAAUAAAGCAUUUUGUGAAAGAACAGUGCUGCUUUUUCCAUUGAGAUGAGGACAAGUUCAUGACUUUAAAUAAAAUCAAGAGAA